AUGCCGCCUGCGUAUAACCAAGACUUACGACGGGGAGAAAUUUGGUUGACCGAAAUCUUGGGCUUUCAAAUCGACGAAGUGAGCAUCUUACUACAACUGUGAACGAAAACGAUUGCUCGAUAUGUUCGAAAAUUUUGUAUGCUAGGCCAUGUAGACAAGGCUGCUAUCGACUGGCCAUACGCUUGCGUAAUGCUACUACACGAGAAUCUCGUUAUCAUGGAGAUUUUGCUGCAGCACCCAGAGAAAACUCGAUCUGAAAUACUGCACAAAGUUUUACGUUUAUGAAGAAACGGGCUCGGCCGUAAAUGCAAAGUGAAUGCGACGAGGCCCAAUGUCAGCGAAUGUUUACGACGAUCUUUUGAAGGAUUUUUCGUAUAUCUUUUUGGGCAAAAAUUAAAUUUGACCCGACACCAGAGCGACGUUGUUAACAGUUAACAAGUCGAGCACGGCACGAGUCGGACAUGUUUUUGUAAGCUCCGUUUAUUUUAUAUUUUUCUACUCAAUAUCUACAUUUAAUCUUAUCCACAUUUUAAUAUGUUGAUACACGAUGGUGAUACUUAUCUUUGGACCGGUUCCUUGGCCGACUUAAAGUGCUUUGUUGAUGAAAUUUUGAAUCUUUGAAAAAUUUGAAAAAUUUUGAAUUUGUGCUACAAAGCCUGACUUUGUUAUUAAAUGGUUUGACUGGCAGUUCCAGAAACUUGUGAUUCAAGUAGACAGUGCUGAGAACUUUUUAACACAGAAGUUUGAGAGCUUGGUGAACAAGAGUAAAGGAAGCAAAGCUGAUAGCAAGAAUGGUACUGAUGGAGCGAUUGUUGGCGAUGGCGAUACAGUACAUCCUGAUGUACUGGAGGUAUGUAAAUGUUUCUGCUCUGUUGAUCUAGAGGGCUUGAAGCUUGAAAUAACAAUUUUAGAAUCGCCAUUAUUUGCAGCAAUUUCCAAAAAUAAGCUUGAGUUAGAUAUUGAUCUGCUCAGAGUUAAACAGAAAGAAUCGGAAGCCGCUAUAAGACGCCAAGACGAUGUAAUUUGUACUCUUAACGAAGGGAAUGAAUUCCCUAAAGCAAGGCUGUUGGCUCUUGAAAAGCCGUUUCUCAAGAUAACUUAUAAUGUCGAUAAAGACAAAGAACCAGGCUCAUUAGUUUACAAAGCUAAAAGUAUUCACAAAGCGGCCGCUUUUCAUGCCAGUGAACAAUCUAACAAAAGUAACCUCAGCUCAAUUAACACUGAAUUACUUAAUACCUCUCAUGACAAUAGUCUUGCUCGGCAUAAUAACAACGGACAAUGCAAUGCCGAUGAUUUGAAUAAUAAUCAAAUUGACCUUGCAAAUGAUGAUGCUGUGUUUUCCCCAAAACAGCAGAAUGAAAAUAAUACACACAAAGGCAUAAAUUCGAACUUGCAAUCCGAAUCGCAGCAGUCAACCAACAUAGAAGAGAAUAAACCUAGCUAUGAUCUGUCCCCAAAAAACCUCUCAUGA